AUGACUCGUGAUCGUGAGAAAUUAAUGCUAGAAGAACAGAUGCGUAAACGUACUGAGAUAGAAGUUAAAGUUAAACGUAAAAGGCAAAACGUUGAUGUUCUCAAGGUGGAACUAAAUCAACUUGAAGAGAAGAAUGCCAAUUAUCUUUUGUACGGAAAACUAUUGGAUCAAAUGGAAGAAACUUAUGGCACUCGUCCCUCUACAAUUUCCGAAUUUAUUGACGCAUUCGACAGAUUAGAGCAUGAGAAUCUUUUCUUAAUACAAAAUUCUAGGCAACAAGCCAGCAAAUAUGAGAACUCUCAAUACGAAGUUGAAAUAGAACUUGAAGAAACAAAGAAAGACAUAAAUGACCUUGAACAACAAAUAGAAAAACUGAAAGAACAAAAGAAUUCGAUACAGCUACUUAAUGAAUCGAACCAUGAUUCUGUAGAUCUUGAUGAUAAACUGGAGCAAUUACAAAAUUCAAUCUCGAAAACAUUCGUUAAGUGUUUCCCAGCAGCUGGAAAUAACCAAAACUCCUUAACAAUGUUGAGUAUGAUUGAAAAUGAGAUAGAAACAAUGAUUAAGAGGCUCGAUUUGAUUAAUGAUAAAGAAAUGAUCGCUCAAAAGGUCAAGCAACUGAACAACCAAAGAAGAACAGAGUACAGACUGGAGAACCAGGCUAGAAAUGAGAAGAUCCAGCUUGAAAAGAAGCUUGCAAUGCAAGAAAGAGCAACUAAACCAGUCAAGAAGAGAAAUGGAAGACCAUUGGUUGAAAGAAUUGUCAUCGGUCAGACAAAGAAGAAGAACACAGCUAAACUUGAAGCUGAGCAAUAUGAAAAGGAAAGAUUAGACAAUUUAUUGUUUGGUGAUACAAUCUAUGAUUGA